AUUUUUCAAACAUUUUUUCUUCUCAAUAGAUUCCUCAAUCGUCUUGCACUAAAACCACUCUUCGUUUUUCCCUCAAAAUUCGGUGCAAAUUAUCGAGAGGAGGAGAAAAUGAACUUCGUCAAAUCCAAUUAUGUCUACAAGCUUCGGGCCGCCGGAAAUCUCCUCGCCGCUCAAUCCUCAAUCGCCUCUCGCAAUAUCUCCACCGCAUCUCCACCGCUGCUCAAUCAGCCGUCCGCUCGUAGCUCGCUUUCUCAGCUGCCGUCCCCGUACUUCACCACCGUUCGUCACAUACGCACCUCGCGUGACCCCAGCACUAGAUAUUUGAUGUAUCAUUUUCUCAUGGAUCUGCAGAUAGUGGACCCGAAAUUGGCAUCGUAUGGAGUUGAGAAUCCAUUGUAUGCCGUGAUUCAGCUUGCGCAGACUACUAUGCGAAGUGAGCUAGGUAAGAUCACUCUUGACAAGACUUUUGAGGAAAGGGACACACUCAAUGAGAAGAUUGUGAUUGCCAUCAAUGAAGCAGCAAAAGACUGGGGUUUACAAUGCCUUCGUUAUGAAAUAAGUGGUCUCUUCACUAAAUUAGGGGAUAUAUCUCCUCCGAGAGGAGUGAGGGCUGCCAUGGAGAUGCAAGCAGAAGCAGAGCGCAAAAAGAGGGCUCAAGUUCUGGAAUCUGAAGGCGAAAGGCAGGCAAAUAUUAAUAUUGCGGACGGUAAGAAAAAUGCGGUGAUCCUUGCAUCAGAAGCCUCAAAGGAAGACCAGGUCAACAGGGCUCUAGGUGAAGCAGAAGCCAUACUUGCUAGAGCACAAGCAACUGCUAAAGGAAUUGCAAUGGUAUCAAAAGCACUCGAAGAAAGUGGAGGCACGGAGGCAGCAAGUUUAAGAAUUGCCGAGCAAUAUAUUCAGGCCUUUGGCAUGAUUGCAAAGGAGAGUACGACGGUGUUACUCCCCUCCAAUGUCUCUAACCCAGCCAAUAUGAUGGCUCAAGCCCUCUCCAUAUACAAGAACAUGAUUGGUAAAAGCCCAAUCAAUGGCCCAUCCAAGAUCUCUCAACUGGACCAUGUGAGAAGUAAUGAUUCAUCUUGGGAAUCUAUCUACAAAACCUCCUCGGCCUCAGAACCUGCUGAUCAGGAUAAUUUUGCUUCGAGAGAGCAUAAAGGAAGUGACGAGAAAAGCAGACUUGUGCUGCGUAGUCCAUUCUUCAUCUUCUUCUCUCUAUUUGGUGCCUAA